ACUCCAGUAAAGCAAUUUCAACCUGCAUGGGUGUAUGUGUACGAAGCAAUCAAUGCGCCGAUUCCCUACUUGAAAUUAACCUUCGCAACACAGAAAGCGUUUGCCCAAUAGGCGAGUUGUGCUGCCAGAAUCUCAAAAGUAUUGAUUCACCCGAGAUCGCACCGGCGAUCGUUAGUCACCAACCCCCUAAAAUAGCAUGUAUCGGAUUGUGUGUCUCUAAGGAACAUUGUCCCGGCCCUAGCGAAAUCAAUCUCAGGCUGAACAAUCAAAUGUGUCCUUCUAACCAAGUUUGCUGUAAAAAUCCACAAUUUUUGGCUCCAUCAACGGAUAAAUUACAUCUUCCAAUGCCUUGGGGUCCGGUAGUACCACCAAGCGGUGAUUUUGUCAAUAGCCAAAAGUCGACUGAGAAACAGUUUUUUGAGUGUACUCUGCAAAAUGACCCCAGAACAUCCUAUAUCAAUAAAGCCGAUGUUCCGUGGCUCGUUACCAUCUGGAGUAAUCGAAAAUCUAUGAGCAUUGAUGGGAAUCAAUAUGAGUGUGUGGGUACGAUGCUACGAGCUGAUAUGAUUCUCACCGCUGCCGAUUGCGUUGCUGAUGCGAGUCCGGAGUUGUUAUAUGCCCGAGUCGGUGAUUUCAAUCUUCAACCUAUUAAUACGCUCUCAAAGCGAAGGGAAUUUUAUAUCGAAAGAAUUGCGAUUCAUCCGGAUUAUGAUGUGCGCUCUGGACAUGCCAAUGUGGCUGUACUUCAUUUGGGUAAAAAUGCAACUAACAAGGGUACUGUAUGUCUGUCACAAUACGGGGAUCACUACUCAGAUGCCGAUUGUUUUCUAAUCGGAUGGAACAAAUUAUCAGUUACUUCGAAGGUCAUAGCGGAUGCAAUCCCCGAAAAACACUUCGUUAAGCUAAAUCAAAAUAGCAGUUGCCCGGAAAGCGUGAUCUGCACCGAUCAACAUCACACAGCAGAAAAAUGCGACAAUUUUCAAGGAUCGCCGCUCGUCUGUUUCGCGAAUGGAGGUCGAAGUUGGAAACAGGUUGGACUUGUUUCCAAAACCAGCAAUUGGUGUGAUAGUGCUGCAGUUCCAAGCUCAUUCAUAGCGAUCGGUUCGCAUGAAAUGUGGAUUCGUGAACAAAUUGCUCCGAGUUUCCAACAGAUGGCGGAAGUGCCGAAACCGUCCAGGGUCUAUUUGCCGGUUUCAGUGUGACAGUGCGAUGAAAAAAUCCAAAUAUUUACGCUUAACGCUUAACAUAUAUACA